UUUAAGUGCACUGAAAUGUCAAAAUGGGGAGUGAAAACUUGAAGAAAACAAUGUGAAAUUAAUGUAAUUUUAAUUGUUACAAUGAAUGGAAUUUCCGUAAUGAGUUAAUAAUACAACCACCGAGAUGUUCACUAAAAAAUCUCACCAGGAUCUCAAAAAGUCAACUGUUAAAAUACAGGACUCCAAAAAAGAUUCUGCGACACGACUCAAACAUUUAAAAAUUAUUUUAGAACAUUUUGAUUCAGAUGAAGCUAAAACAUAUUUUGAAAACAACUUCAGUCAUGUUUACUUCAUAUUGUAUGAUAAUUUUAUACAAGCCGAAAAUAACCUGCGUCAAAAAGAACUUCCGUUUCAUCUAGUUCACAAGGCUGGUAAAGAAGAAUUAGAAGCAGCUCUGCUACUGCUGGAAAAAGUACUUUGUCUCUUACCAGAAUUGCUUGGAAAAAGAUGGCAGUUACACUCAUUGACAAGGAUAUUCUCGAAAUUGCUGCACAGUGCAAACUCACAAAAAUUAAGGGCAGAGGCAAUAAAAUUUUUUCUCCUUUGGUAUCAAGCGCUAGGCGACAAUGCUCCCUUCGAGGUCCACAAAAUGUUCGCGCUACUCAUACCUGGUAUGCCAGAUCCUGGCAAUGUGACCAGGCCAUCACCGCUAAAUCCAAAACCAUUUGAUAUAACAACCAAUCCACACGAAACAGGCGAUUUUAGUAUGGAAGACAUUAUGCAACAUCCCAAUUUCUCAACUGUAAUUGACAACGCCAAGAAAGUCGUCGUGGAACAGACCUCGUCAGGAAUAAUGGGAAAGAUUGCUAAUGUAUCCGCAUCCAUCUUCCACGACACGAAUGCACUGAACCCCGUACAAAGCGUCGAGAUACAACCUCUCCUGCCACCGAGUGCGAAUGAAAAAUCUGUUGAUAAUGAAACCAAGUAUUUUUUUGAGAUACUUCUCGAUGGAAUGGCGACGUCCGUGACGAAAUUGCAAUGGAGAGAUAGAUCGCACGCCAAGGCAAUGAGAUGCUUCGCGUUUUUACUUGAAAAAUUUAAGCAGUAUUAUUUGCCCGUAAUUUGUCCACAGUUUAAUCACAAGAAUUCUUUGUAUAAACCUAACUUAGAUUUGCCAGUACAGCACAACAUACUAGAAGAUGAUUUUGUCUUAUGCCGAGUAACUCUUAUCAAGUGGGUCGCCAACUACGCGCAUUUCAUGAAGAAACAGGGUAGUGAUGGCGGACAACCUUCGUCUAUGACCAGUAUCGGGUCUCAUCUUCCGCAUUCGAACACUCCCACCCCAGCCACGUCUCUCCAUCACGAAGAAGAGACAUCCUUCACUGUAGGACACCCAUCGGACUCCAGUCGCGCAUCUUCGCACGACUCCGCAUCUAAUACACCACAUCCAAGUUUGGAAUCAGGAUCAGGAGUCUAUGAAGAGCUAAGUUCAGAGCAAGUAGUACGUGACGUGCUAUGUUGCUCCUCGCGGGAACACGUAGACUUCACUAUAGAAGUCUUACGUCAAGCGUUUCUAUUGCCUUUCUCGCACGCUGCUGCCAUCCGCCGCGUCAUAGCUCUAUACAAAGAUUGGAUACAAAUGAAUGUAUCAGAGAUCCCACCGUUCUUAAUGGAGAGCACGUACGAGCAGCAGCUGGCGCAGGGGGAGCCCGCGGUGCCGCCCAGGCGACUGCGGAACGACUCCUACCUCGGGGCUCUCGGACGAGACAACGUCAUGGUUCGGGCUGGCAUGCAGAACGUGCUGCAAGUGUUCAUGACGCAAGCCGCGCACGUGUUCGUUGGGAGCGGCUGGACCGUGCUGCCGGCGGGCGCCGCCUCCCCGCAGCAGCUGCUGGACGAGCAGACCGACACGUGCAAGCGCGUGCUCAACAUAUACCGCUACAUGGUCAUGCACGUCGCCAUGGACUAUAACACUUGGGAACAGCUCUUAUUGGUGUUACUACAGAUCACAUCAUUGGUACUCACUAAAAUUCCUCCAAAGAAAAAACAAGAAACAUUAGGUGGUAAUCUAGCGCCCGCAUUGUUUCAAACGUUGAUAGUGACAUGGAUAAAAGCGAACCUGAAUGUGGCCGUCAAAUCCGAAUUGUGGCAGAACUUUAUGGAACUGCUCAUGCGCCUGACGCAUUGGGAAGAUCUGAUCAAAGAAUGGGCUAAAACGAUGGAGACUCUGACGCGUGUACUGGCCCGGCACGUGUACUCGCUGGACCUGUCGGAGGCGAGCGGGGGCAGCGCGCGGGGAGGCCGGCGCCCGCCCGCCGCGCCCGCCGUCCUGCCGCGCCCCCCCGCACUGCACCACGCCGUCUCCGUCGUCUCUAACACCGACACUAGGACGCCCGGUAAAUCUCCCAAAGUGAACCACGAAACUCAUCCCCGUAAGGAGACCGCCACUCGCCGACAGCUCACACGGUGCAGGAGCGACCCGCAUCUCAGUAAACAAGCCCGCGUUGAAGAAGUAAUCAUAGUACCUACUCACAGAAAACCAAGGAGAUGGUACUCACUUGAUUCUCUAAGAAAUUCUCUAUCGCAAAACGAGGAACGCGACUCGGCAAGUGGUUCUAGAUCACCAUCUCCAGCGCCAUCUAGCGGCGUCGAAAGUAGUUCUAUAAAGGACUCACCACUGCAAAUCGAUUUAGUCUCCGACGGUGCGAAUGUUUCGGAGUGGGGCAGCGGCGAUGCGGAGACGGGUGGCGGCGCGUGCGGCGUGGUGCUGGGCGGGCGGGCGCGCGGCUGGCUGCCCGACGUGGCGGCCGUCAUGUGGCGCCGCAUGCUGGCCGCGCUCGGCGACCCCAACCUGCUGCGGGACCCCGCGCACCACGCGCACUUCUUCAACUACCUCAUACAUCUCAACUCUACCCUCCUCAAGAUCAGCGCAAACCAAACUCUAAAUGGCAACACCGAAAUUCACGUACCAUUCAACUUGGUGGCGGGAUGGUGUCUCGAGGCGGAAGCAUUGCCUCCUACACACCGAGCCGGAAAACUGCUCGCUCUACGGUUGCUGUGCGAGUCCACACAGGCUCAGGGGCCGGGCGCGCCUUCCUCCUGCAACAACCAACUGCACCUCGCGCACUUGCAUCUCUACCAGCGAGCUUUACAUCACGGUUUGACGGGCGAGGAUCGGUCCGUAGUGGACGUACUGGUGGAGCACGCAGCGCCGAGGUACUUGUCGCUAGCCCUCGACGGGUACUCACUGCUCCUACUAGACUUCGUGCACGCAUCGACUGUCGUACUGAACUCGUCCGAUAUGGGACCAUCGUGUCCUCGCACAGCCGCCGUAACGUUCCUAGGAUCUUUGCUGUCAUUACCCGAUGGAUUGAUGAAUGCCCCCAUGCUGCAACCAUAUCCUCAUCAGUACAAUACUGUUUCUUGUCCGGAUCUCAAGGAACACGUGUUGAACAUAGUGGUGCGCGUGUGUCGCCGGGAAGGUGCGGGUGCGGCGCGUUGUGCGGGCGCGUGCGCACUCACUGCGCACGUCACGCAGAUGCUCGCCACACGGACCGCGUGUCCCAGGCUACCCUCCUACGUCACGUGUUUGCUGCAAAUGCUCAUGAUGAAAAACAAAAACAUUGCUAAAGUUGUCAGCGAUUGCAUAUUAGUGCUUGCCGAUUACACUGACCGUAUUGUAGAGAUGUACCCAGGACUUGCUGGAAAAAUAAUUCGAUGGAUCUGCGCAUGCUUGGCCCAACUUUCGACCAGCUGCCAUCGUGACACCGUCAAACCACUGGCUGGGUCACUGCUGCUGUGCUUGGCCGAGUUUGCGGUGCGUUGCGGACCUCAGUACUUAAUGGAAGAGAAGGAUGGAGAACAAACACUUUUGCUGUUGAUUUUUAAGGUGUUGUACGCGGUUAUGAAAGGAGCAAACGGAUCCGACAUUGAAGGCCUAAGUCUGCCGGUGGAUGAUGACUUCGAUCCAAAUAUACAGUUGGAUAAUCUCGGGCCUAAAACUAUUCCGGCAUCAACGAUCGACGUCAAGCUUUGGGCUCAAACGAUAUGCACUCAGCUGGUAUUGUACCUCGGGCAUUGGCCUCUCUGGAGCGGAUGCCAACUCUCCUGUCGUGUUUCCGAGCAACACGACAGUCCGUUACUGGGCGAGGAGCUGGGCCCCGCCGUGCUGACCGCGCCCAACAUACAGCUGAUGCGGUUCAGCGAUUCGACUCUGGCCUCGCUCAUUGAGCUGCCGGCCCUCGACCUGCCCGCCAGAGCCGGGACUACACCAGGUCUGACGACGUCGGAGCGGCAGGUGCGCGUGCUGCUGCGCGACAUCGGCGGCAAGGCGUGCUGGGACGCGUCCGCGCUGUACUUCGACCCGUCGGGGGGGCAGCUCGAGGCGCCCGAACCGCUACCCCUACCCGAGAGCAACGAAUGUCCAAGAGAAAACACACUCUCGUCUUUACCGCCCCCUCUGCCCCCGGACCUGCUACCCGACUACAAAAAUUGCCCACCGGACAAACACCAACUGGAUCAUGUGCUGGCCUAUAUCGGUCGAACGUCGCCCGAAGUGGUGUGCGGUAGGAGACUAGACGAGGCGGGUCCGUCGCCGCUGCCGCCGGGCGCUGAGGACGAGCUGGUGGCGGCGCUGGUGGCGCAUCGGAACCAAGAGCGGGCGUACCUCGCUAACAAAGACAAUGAUGAAGAGGUGGAGCUGGUCGAGACGACAGCGGAGCCGGCCCCGGGCCCGUUCUCGCAGUGCAGGCUGUUCCUCGCGCAGCUGGGCACGCUCGCGCCCGCCAGGCGGAGCCACGCGUACCUGCUGCGCCGCACCGACCGACUGCUGCGGGAGCUCAGGAACCUCGACGCGCAGAGAUGUCGUGAGACGCACAAAGUGGCUGUCAUAUAUGUUGGAAAGGGACAAGAGACACGGAACGAAAUACUCUCGAACCGAUGCGGCAGUCCCGCUUAUGAAGCCUUUUUGGCUGCACUCGCUUGGGAGGUGGAGCUGGAGAGUCAUGUGGGGUUCACCGGGGGGCUGCGGGGCGGCGGGGCGGGGGUCAGCGCGCCGUACGCCGCCACGCUCACGUUCGAGGCGCUGUUCCAUGUCGCCACGCGCAUGCCCGCCGACACACCCGAUGCCAUACUCAACAAGACUCGCCACUUGGGAAACGACGAGGUUCAUGUCGUAUGGAGCGAGCAUUGGCGUCCAUACAAACGGGAUACUCUGCCGACCCAGUUCUGUGACGUACUUAUUGUGCUGUAUCCACUACCCGGUGGGCUGCUGCGAUGUACUAUCACAAGGAAGCCUGAUGUGGGCGCGUUCGGUCCGGUGUGGGAGGAGAGCGUGGUGGGCGUGGCGGGGGGCGCCGCGCUGGUGCGGGGCGCGGUGACGGCGGGCGGGCGCGCCGUGCGGGCCACCAUGCCGCUGUACCAGCACGCGUACACGGAGCGGGCGCGCUGCCUCGACGCGCUCACGCACCACCACACGCUGCACACCUCCUACGAACGGUUCGUCGAGCGCGUGCGCGACCCGCUCCCCGCGCCCCUCUCGCCGCACGAAACCGGUAGCGGUCGUUUAGCAGCCGCUCUGCUGGACGCCGGCGCGAGCGCGUGGAGCGGCAGCUCGGAGUCGCACAGCGUGUCGCCGCGGCCCGCCAAGCGCCUGGGACCGUUCAAGCGGCUGCCGCAGGCGUCGGGCGGGCCCCACACCGCGCCCCCCCUCUCCGACCCCGCGCACCCGGCGCCCCCCGCCCGCAGAAACCGGUGAACUCUACCCGCACACUGGCUUUAAUGUAAGCCUGCUUUCUAUUCAUCGAUACGGUACAAGACCACGGACACGGGAAUGCAUCGGGCGAUCACAUCGACGAACACGUUUCCACUGAUUGAUAAAUUAUCUUGUCGGUCAAUGAAAGUUUUAACUCGAGCUGUAUGGUCCGAUUUUAGACCCUUCAUCGAUGACGCUAUCCAAAAGUAACGAAAUCAUUUAUUAAGUAAGCAAAUAUUGAUCGCCUCGUUGAUGUAGUGGCUAGUGAAUCUGAUAACCCCGGGAUCCAGGUUCCACUUCCAGUUCGGUUUCAGUACCUAUGUUCAAAAUUUUUGGGUUCUGCUUGAACUUAUUCUAACUUCGCAUCGGUCCGGAUUCUUCUAUAAAUAAUACAGUAGAAAUUUUAAAUUUCGUGAGAAAUCAUAAUUGAUAUAUAACGAUCGAUUGAAUGAAGAGCAUUAUUCGAGAUGCGCGGUUUAUAAAAUCGAAUCCAUAACAGUGGCCCAUGUGGGGACGCAAUUGUUACUAGAACAUGGUGUGAUUAGUCGCUUCAUCGCGCACGAAAAAUCAUUUAAAUGUUAGAUGAUCCAAGACGAUCUAGAUAAUGGAUAACAAUUUCAAUUAAAAAAAUUGGUUUGUCUUGCAUGGCGUCAUGGAUGACAAUCAUUACGCACAUUUACUGAAAAAUACGUACACAUAAUCGUAUCAGCACAUUAUAUAGAACGUAAUUGGCCUUUGUGUUAGCUUCAUGUUGAUUUAAUAAAAAAUUAUUUUGUUUCUUUUUCAAUAAAAGUAGCGGUGAAAAUAUUGAUACCUAAAUUAAGCACAAUGUAUGUAACACUGGCAUUUUGAUGCACUAAAUCAGGGAAAAGGCACAUAAUAAAAAUCUAAAACUAAUUUCGAAAAAGCAAACGGAUCGAAAACGUACAGCUUGGCAUCACAUAUAUCUAAAUAUUGGGUUACAUUGUAUUGGCAUUAUUUUCCAAAUGAAAAUUAGGAGCCUUUUUUUGGUUGUUCUGAUUUUUUUUAAAACGUAGAACAUAUCAAGAUAUCCAAAGGUCCGUAAACGCUUUAUGAACAUGGUGCUAGUGUUACGAGGCAUAGAGAAAAAUACUCUUUGAGUGUAUAUAAAUUAUAUCAUAAAUGUUUUUUUAAGUUUUAAAAACCUUUAGAAUGAGCUAUGAUUUAUUUACUUUACCUAUUUAGCCGUAAAAAUCUCAUAAUGUCUAGGAUCUGAAUACAGGGAUUUUUAAUUGGUGGUCCUCGUUAUUUUGCCGUAUCUUAUUUAAAAUCAGUUUGUCUAAUAACGAUUCAACAUCCUGCGUAUUAAUUACAAUGGGUACACAUAUUAUGUAGAAAUAAUGAUUGCCAAGAUUGUAUCUUUUGGUACCUACCCCAAUAUCCUUUGGUCAAGCCAUUAUAAAAAUAAAAUAUUAGUGCCAAAGAUCUUUAAUAUAUUAUGUAGAAACUAAUUUCAAAAUUCUAUUAUUUUUAACGAUUUUCCGAAUCUCCAAUAUUUGCCUUUUCCCGAUGUAAUCGUUUCAGAAUUGUGAAAUACGACCAUAACAUUUAAAAAGAAUUUUUAUGUUAUCCAAAAUUAUGCAAUGCGUUCACCAGCAAACACAAGAUUUUCACCUGAAGGAUGGACUUAAUGAAUUAUUAAAGUACUUAAUUAUUUCUAAGAUAAAGUUGUAGUUCGUUAGUUUGCAUUUAAAAUGCAAAGUUUAUUUUUGCGAAAAUGUUUAUUUAACUUCAAUUAACUUCUAAGUAACUUGAGAGAUUUAUUCAACUAGGUAUUUAAAUGAGUUUAUGCCAAUAUAUGUUGAUCUGAGAUGAAAUUCAAGAAAACUGGUCAUUUUUUGCCGAUCGAUAAUAAAAUAGAUGUGCGAACGGAUUUACGUAUUAUUUUUGUUCUGAAAUACAUAAAAACUGUUUUAAUGGGUUUUUUUGUUUCGUUUUGCCCCAAAAUUUUACUUUAUUUGAAUAGUUUCGUGCAAACAUUCGACAUUGCAUUGAUGUACUUGUAUAUAUGUAAACUACUGUAGAGCUUUAACUGUUGUAGGUCUGUUUAUAAAUAGGUAAUAAACUGUAAUAUUUAUUUUGCUUCAUGAUCUUACUAAACCUUCACAAAUACAUAACGUAACAUAACAGGACUUAACUGCACAUUUGUGUUUUCUAAAAUUCAAAGUAUCAAACAUACUGUUUUAAUAGUAAUAAAUGUUAAAAUUGGCUACUAAUGAAUUUUCGUUGAAAAAUGUAAAGCUUAAAAAAGGUUAUUUAGACUAAAGCAUGACUUCUCAAAUAUUUCUAUCAUCAUUGGCACUACCUUUAAUUAUUAACAUUCCAUUUUAUUAGGAACUGCCUAUUGGCAUAAUAUUGUAACAUAAUAAUGACCUAUUAAAGUGUAAUUAAAAGAAAAUAUUGAAAUUAUUGAAAACUUUGCAAACCAUGCAAUUAAUUUUUUUUAGACCAAAUGCAUUCCACCCUGCAUAUUUAUAAUGAAUCUGUAUUAUCUCCAGUAUGUUUUUCUUGUCAAAUUAGUUUUAUUUAUUUAUUCUUACUUCUUAAUUUAAACAGUAUUUUAAUAGAUAUUAAGACUGACACAUGAUAAUGUAUUAAAUUCACUAAGUAUUUAAAUGUUAUUCGUAUUAUUUUAUAGUCAAGUGGUGGUAUUACUUAUUUUAAUUUAUAAUGUAUUUUGUUGAUGGAACAGCUUAAAGAAAUUGUUUUAAGCAUCUGAACUUUUAACUUAAAUAGACAUGUAAUGUAACCAAAUUAAUAUAUAAAAGGUGAAAAUAAAGUUUUGUUAACUUUCAA